GUUUAUCCCCGGCUGCACAUUGUCCCAGCAGCUCGGCGCAGAAAUGACAUCACUGCUCUACCGUGUCUUUUUCUUUCGUUAAUGAAACAACCGAGCAGGGUAUAGGGGAUGUGUGCCUUGCCCGCUAGCCUGCUCACUCCCUCCUCUCAAGAGUCACAUUUUUUUUUUCUCAAUUCUUCGCUAGUCUAACCCACCGCACAGAUCCCCCGGCGGCGCAAGCGCAGUAGCCGCCCCACCGAGUUCGCUCGCUUGCUGGUCUCAUUACGGCUUCACUGGGAAGGAGGAUUCAAACUUCCGGUGUGGUGUCAUGGCGGCAUGUAGUGUCUGCUAAAAAGAAAAAAAAAUAACGAACCCCCCCACCGUCCGGGUCUGACAGCGGUUUUCCGAGGACUAUAGGGUCGAAAGUGACACACAAAGGCGCUCCUCGGGCUGGGAUUGCACGCUAGCCCACCGCGGCUCCUCUCGGCCGGCCAUGGCGGCGCACAAGCCCGUGGAGUGGGUUCAGGCCGUAAUUAAUAGAUUCGACGAGCAGCUUCCGAUCAAAGCAGGACAGCAGAACACCCACACCAAAGUCAGCACAGAGCACAAUAAGGAAUGUCUUAUCAACAUCUCCAAAUACAAGUUUUCCCUCGUCAUCAGCGGCCUCACUAACAUCUUGAAAAAUGUGAACAAUAUGCGGAUAUUUGGAGAAGCUGCAGAGAAGAAUCUCUACCUCUCACAGCUCAUUAUACUGGACACACUGGAGAAAUGCCUGGCAGGGCAACCCAAGGACUGCAUGCGGCUGGAUGAGACCAUGCUGGUGAAGCAGCUGCUGCCGGAGAUCUGCCAUUUCAUCCACACGUACCGCGAGGGGAACCAGCACGCCGCCGAGCUGCGCAGCUCUGCUUCCGGGGUGCUCUUCUCGCUCAGCUGCAAUAACUUCAACGCCGUCUUCAGCCGCAUCUCCACGAGGUUGCAGGAGCUCACAGUGUGCUCUGAAGACAACGUGGACGUGCACGACAUUGAGCUCAUACAGUAUAUCAACGUGGACUGCUCCAAACUCAAAAGGCUGCUCCAAGAAACGGUGUUCAAAUUCAAAGCCUUGAAAAAACCUGCACAGCUGAGUGUCAUCAACAGCCUGGAAAAGGCCUUCUGGAACUGGGUGGAGAAUUACCCCGAUGAGUUCACCAUGCUUUACCAGCGACCACAGACCGACAUGGCGGACUGUGCGGAGAAGCUGUUCGACCUGGUGGACAGCUUUGCGGAGAGCGCCAAGCGGAAGGCGGCGGUGUGGCCGCUGCAGAUCAUCCUCCUCGUCCUCUGUCCCGAGAUCACGCAGGACAUCUCCAAGGACGUGGUGGAAGAAAACAGAGUCAACAAGAAACUGUUCCUGGAUAACCUACGCAAGGCACUGACGGGCCAUGGGGGCAGCAAGCAGCUGACUGAGAGCGCUGCCAUCGCCUGUGUCAAACUCUGCAAGGCCUCUACCUACAUCAACUGGGAGGAUCACUCCGUCAUCUUCCUCCUGGUCCAGUCCAUGGUGGUAGACCUCAAGGCCCUGCUCUUCAACCCUGGCAAGCCGUUCUCCCGGGGCGCGGGAAGCCAGAGCGCCGACAUUGACCUCAUGAUCGACUGCUUUGUCUCCUGUUUCCGCAUAAACCCCCACAACAACCAGCACUUUAAGGUCUGCCUUGCCUCCACCUCUCCGCCCACCUUUCACUUUGUCCUGGUGAACUCCCUGCACAGAAUCAUUACCAAUUCGCCCCUGGACUGGUGGCCGAAGAUCGAUGCGGUGUACUGCUACUCCGGGGAGCUGCGCACCAUGUUUUUGGAGACGCUGAACCGGGUGAUGCAGGUCUGCAGCAGCCACGCGCCUCUGCGCUUGACGACGAGUCUGACAUUCAAAGAAAAAAUGACGAGCCUGAAGUUUAAAGAGAAGACGGCAGACCUGGACACCAGAAGUUAUAAGUACCUGCUGCUGGCUGUGGUGAAGCUGAUCCAUGCUGACCCAAAGCUGAUGUUGCACAAUCCCGGGAAGCAGGGCCAGGAGAUCCAGAGCAGCACAGCAGAGCUGAUCACGGGGCUGGUGCAGUUGGUGCCCCCGGCCAACAUGGCAGAGAUCGCCCAGGAGGCUAUGGAGGCAUUGUUAGUUUUGCACCAACCAGAAACCAUUGAGCUGUGGAACCCUGAUGCACCUAUAGAAACGUUCUGGGAUAUCAGCUCACAGGUGCUAUUCUUCAUCUGUAAGAAGCUGAUCGGCCACCAAAUGAUCAAUAGCACAGAGAUCCUGAAGUGGCUGCGGGAGAUCCUGAUCUGCAGGAACAAGUUUCUUCUCAAGAACAAGGAGAAUGCCACCCUGGGCAGCGGGAUUCCCAUCUGCAGGCAAGCCCAGACCAAGCUGGAGGUGUGCCUGUACAUGUUCCUGUGGAGCCCCGACAUCGAGGCCGUGCUGGUGGCCAUGUCUUGCUUCCGGCACCUGUGCGAGGAGGCGGACAUCCGCUGCGGAGUGGACGAGGUGCCCGUCCAGAGCAUCCUGCCCAACUACAACACCUUCAUCGAGUUCGCCUCUGUCAGCAACAUGAUGUCCACAGGUCGUGCAGCACUACAGAAGAGAGUCAUGGCCUUGUUGAGGAGGAUAGAGCACCCAACUGCAGGAAACAAAGAGGCUUGGGAAGACACGUAUGCAAAAUGGGACCAAGCUACUAAGUUAAUUCUUAAUUAUCCAAAAACUAAAAUUGAGGAUGGACAGGAAUGGAUCAACAUGACGGGGUUCCUGUGUGCUCUGGGUGGGGUGUGCCUGCAGCAUCGCAGCACCCCCGGACUGGCCACUUACAGCCCACCCAUGGGCCCCCUCAAUGAGCGCAAGGGCUCCAUGAUCUCCAUGGGCUCCAGCGAGGGAAAUGUAGAGACACCCCUCAGCAAGUUCCUGGACCGCUUGCUCUCGCUCAUGGUGUGCAACCACGAGAAAGUGGGCCUGCAGAUCAGGACAAAUAUCAAGGACCUGGUGGGCCUGGAGCUGAGCCCCGCACUGUACCCCAUGCUCUUCAACAAGCUCAAGAACAGCAUCAGCCGCUUCUUCGACGCACAGGGGCCUGUUCCGAUCAAUGACACUAACACGCAGUUCGUGGAGCAGACCAUUGCGAUCAUGAAGAACCUGCUGGACAAUCACACCGAGGGCAGCUCUGAGCACCUGGGCCAGGCCAGCAUUGAGACCAUGAUGCUUAACCUGGUCAGGUAUGUCCGAAUUCUGGGCAACAUGGUGCACGCCAUCCAGAUCAAGACCAAGCUGUGCCAGCUGGUGGAAGUGAUGAUGGAGCGCCGCGACGAUCUCUCCUUCUGCCAGGAGAUGAAGUUUCGGAACAAGAUGGUGGAGUACCUGACGGACUGGGUGAUGGGGAUCUCCAACCAGGCAGCUGAUGAAGACGUGAAGUGCUUGACUAGAGACCUGGACCAGGCCAGCAUGGAAGCUGUAGUGUCCCUGCUGGCUGGUUUACCCCUCCAGCCAGAAGAGGGCGAUGGUGUGGAGCUGAUGGAGGCGAAGUCGCAGCUUUUCUUGAAAGGUGUCUGUUGCAAGGGUGCCUUUUCUCCUUUGUCUCUCAUUCCCUGCCCUUGUCCCCUCCUCUGCCUCUCCGCCCUUCUCCUGCCAGGGCUCGGCUAUCACAAGGACCUCCAGACGCGAGCCACCUUCAUGGAGGUGCUGACGAAGAUCCUGCAGCAGGGCACGGAGUUCGACACGCUGGCCGAGACGGUCCUGGCCGACCGUUUCGAGAGGCUGGUGGAGCUCGUGACCAUGAUGGGCGACCAGGGGGAGCUGCCCAUCGCCAUGGCGCUGGCCAACGUGGUGCCCUGCUCGCAGUGGGACGAGCUGGCCCGAGUGCUGGUAACCCUGUUCGACUCGCGGCACCUCCUCUACCAGCUGCUGUGGAAUAUGUUCUCCAAGGAGGUGGAGCUGGCCGACUCCAUGCAGACGCUCUUCAGGGGGAACAGCCUGGCCAGUAAAAUCAUGACCUUCUGUUUCAAGGUCUAUGGUGCUACCUACCUGCAGAAGCUACUGGAGCCCCUCCUGAGAGGUGUGAUCACGACCCCAGAGUGGCAGCAGAUCAGCUUCGAGGUCGACCCUACCAGACUGGAACAGACAGAAUGUUUGGACGAAAACCAGCAGAACUUGCGGCAGAUGACCGACCGCUUCUUCCUCGCCAUCAUCAACUCGUCCUCCGAGUUCCCUCCGCAGCUGCGCAGCGUGUGCCACUGCCUGUACCAGGCAACUUGCCACUCUCUACUGAAUAAAGCCACAGUUAAAGAAAAAAAGGAAAGCAAAAAAUCAGUGGUCAGUCAGCGGUUCCCUCAGAAUAGCAUUGGGGCAGUAGGCAGUGCCAUGUUCCUGCGCUUCAUCAACCCCGCCAUCGUCUCCCCUUAUGAAGCCGGGAUCCUGGACAAGAAGCCACCCCCCAGGAUAGAGAGGGGCUUAAAAUUAAUGUCCAAGAUCCUCCAGAGCAUCGCGAACCACGUUCUGUUUACAAAAGAAGAGCACAUGAGGCCUUUUAACGAUUUUGUGAAAAGCAAUUUUGAAGCCGCAAGGAGGUUUUUCCUGGACAUCGCGUCCGACUGUCCCGCCAGCGACUCGGUCAACCACAGCCUGUCCUUCAUCAGCGACGGGAACGUGCUGGCCCUCCACCGCCUGCUGUGGAACAACCAGGAGAAGAUCGGGCAGUACCUCUCCAGCAACAGGGACCACAAAGCAGUAGGACGACGGCCCUUUGACAAGAUGGCCACCCUCCUGGCUUACCUGGGUCCCCCAGAGCACAAGCCCGUCGCGGACACCCACUGGUCCAGCCUCAACCUGACCAGCUCCAAGUUUGAGGAGUUCAUGACCAGGCACCAGGUGCACGAGAAGGAGGAGUUCAAAGCUCUGAAGACGCUGAAUAUCUUUUACCAGGCGGGCACUUCCAAAACUGGCAACCCAGUGUUUUACUACAUCACGCGCAGGUUUAAGACUGGUCAGAUCAACGGGGACCUCCUCAUCUACCACGUGCUACUGACCCUGAAGCCCUACUACGCCAAGCCCUACGAGAUAGUGGUGGAUCUCACCCACGCCGGUCCCAGUAACCGGUUCAAAACCGACUUCCUGUCCAAGUGGUUCGUGGUCUUCCCGGGCUUCGCGUACGAGAAUGUGGCGGCCGUGUACAUCUACAACUGCAACUCCUGGGUGCGGGAGUACACCAAGUACCACGAGCGCCUCCUCACCGGGCUCAAGGGCAGCAAGAAGCUCCUGUUCAUCGACUCGCCCGGGCGGCUGGCGGAGCACGUGGAGCCCGACCAGCAGAAGCUUCCCGCUGCCACGCUGGCCCUGGAGGAGGACCUGAAGGUGUUUCACAACGCCCUCAAACUGGCGCACAAGGACACCAAGGUCUCCAUCAAGGUGGGCUCCACCGCCGUGCAGGUGACCUCGGCAGAGCGCACGCGCGUCCUGGGCCAGUCCGUCUUCCUCAACGACAUCUACUACGCCUCGGAGAUCGAGGAGAUCUGCCUGGUGGACGAGAACCAGUUCACCCUGACCAUCGCCAACACGGGCACCCCGCUGACCUUCAUGCACCAGGAGUGUGAGGCCAUCGUGCAGUCCAUCAUCCACAUCCGCACUCGCUGGGAGCUCUCGCAGCCCGACUCCAUCCCCCAGCACACCAAGAUCCGGCCCAAAGAUGUCCCAGGGACGCUGCUCAACAUCGCCCUGCUCAAUCUGGGCAGCUCCGACCCCAGCUUGCGUUCUGCAGCCUAUAACCUGCUGUGUGCCUUAACCUGCACCUUCAACCUGAAGAUCGAGGGUCAGCUGCUGGAGACAUCAGGUCUCUGCAUCCCGGCCAACAACACGCUCUUCAUCGUCUCCAUCAGCAAGACGCUGGCCGCCAACGAGCCCCACCUCACGCUGGAGUUCCUGGAGGAGUGCAUCUCGGGCUUCAGCAAAUCCAGCAUCGAGCUGAAGCACCUGUGUCUGGAGUACAUGACGCCCUGGCUGCUGAAUCUGGUGCGCUUCUGCAAACACAACGAUGACGCCAAGAGGCAGAGAGUCACGGCCAUCCUGGACAAGCUCAUCACCAUGACCAUCAACGAAAAGCAGAUGUACCCAUCCAUCCAGGCCAAGAUCUGGGGAAGUCUAGGGCAGAUCACAGACCUGCUGGACGUGGUGUUGGACAGCUUCAUCAAGACCAGCGCUACAGGCGGGUUGGGCUCCAUCAAAGCGGAAGUCAUGGCUGACACAGCUGUGGCUCUGGCGUCCGGCAACGUUAAGCUGGUUUCAAGCAAGGUGAUCGGGAGGAUGUGCAAAAUCAUCGACAAGACCUGCCUGUCGCCGACCCCUACGCUGGAGCAGCACCUGAUGUGGGACGACAUCGCCAUCCUGGCGCGCUACAUGCUGAUGCUGUCCUUCAAUAACUCGCUGGACGUGGCGGCCCACCUGCCCUACCUCUUCCACGUGGUGACGCUGCUCGUGGCCACCGGGCCGCUGUCCCUGCGCGCCUCCACGCACGGCCUGGUCAUCAACAUCAUCCACUCCCUCUGCACCUGCUCCCAGCUCAACUUCAGCGAGGAGACCAAACAGGUCCUGCGUCUCAGCCUGACGGAGUUCUCCCUGCCCAAGUUCUACCUGCUCUUCGGGAUCAGCAAGGUCAAGUCGGCCGCCGUCAUCGCCUUCCGCUCCAGCUACCGGGACCGCUCCUUCUCCCCGGGCUCGUACGAGCGCGAGACCUUCGCCCUCACCUCCCUGGAGACGGUCACCGAGGCGCUGCUGGAGAUCAUGGAGGCGUGUAUGAGGGAUAUUCCCACAUGCAAGUGGCUGGAUCAGUGGACAGAGCUGGCCCAGAAGUUUGCUUUCCAGUACAAUCCGUCCCUGCAGCCCCGAGCUCUGGUGGUGUUUGGCUGCAUCAGCAAAAGGGUGUCUCAUGGCCAGAUCAAACAGAUCAUACGCAUCCUCAGCAAGGGUCUAGAGAGCUGUUUAAAGGGCCCAGAUAAUUACAACAGCCAGGUAUUAAUAGAGGCCACAGUCAUUGCACUGACCAAACUGCAGCCACUUCUGAACAAGGACUCUCCCAUGCACAAAGCGCUGUUCUGGGUGGCCAUCGCUGUCCUGCAGCUGGAUGAGGUCAACCUGUACUCUGCCGGUACUGCUUUGCUGGAGCAGAACCUCCACACGCUGGACAGCCUGAGAGUCUUCAAUGACAAGAGUCCUGAGGAGGUGUUCAUGGAGAUCAGGAAACCUUUGGAAUGGCACUGCAAACAGAUGGAUCAUUUUGUCGGCCUCAACUUUAAUUCCAACUUCAACUUUGCGCUAGUUGGACAUCUGCUGAAAGGGUACCGGCACCCCUCCCCCACCACGGUGGCGCGGACAGUGCGCAUCCUCCACACCCUCCUGGCCCUGGUGGGCAAGCACCUCAACUGCGACAAGUUCGAGGUCAACACCCAGAGCGUGGCCUACCUGGCAGCACUCUUGACCGUCUCGGAGGAAGUGCGCAGCCGCUGCAGUCUCAAGCACAGGAAGUCCCUGUUGUUGUCUGACGUUACCAUGGAGAAUGUUCCCAUGGACACCUACCCCUUGCAUCACAGCGACCCCAGCUGCAGGACGCUGCGAGAGAGCCAGCCCUGGGCUUCCCCCAAAGUCUCAGAGCGGUAUCUGGCUGCCAACUACCCCACUGUGGGGCAGAUCAGCCCCCGCACGCGCAAGUCCAUGAGCCUGGACAUGGGUCAGCCCUCACAGGCCAACACCAAGAAGCUGCUGGGGACGCGGAAGAGCUUCGACCACUUGAUAUCGGACACUAAAGCACCAAAGAGACCAGAGAUUGAAUCUGGCACCACCACGCCUCCCAAGAUGAGGAGAGUAGCAGAAAACGAUUAUGAAAUAGAGACCCAAAGAAUAGCCAACUCCCAGCAGCACCCACACCUGCGGAAGGUCUCGGUGUCGGAGUCCAACGUGCUGCUGGACGAGGAGGUCCUCACUGACCCCAAAAUCCAGGCCCUGCUCCUCACUGUCCUAGCCACACUGGUGAAAUACACAACAGACGAGUUUGACCAGAGGAUCCUGUACGAGUAUUUAGCUGAAGCUAGCGUUGUCUUCCCAAAGGUCUUUCCAGUUGUCCACAACUUACUGGACUCGAAGAUAAAUACCCUCUUAUCACUGUGCCAGGACCCCAACCUACUGAACCCCAUCCAUGGCAUUGUGCAGAGUGUGGUGUACCAUGAAGAGUCACCCCCUCAGUACCAGCCCUCCUAUCUGCAGAGCUUUGGUUUCAAUGGCUUGUGGAGGUUCGCCGGACCCUUCUCAAAGCAAACCCAGAUCCCAGACUAUGCCGAGCUGAUCGUGAAGUUCCUGGAUGCCUUGAUCGACACCUACCUGCCGGGUAUCGACGAGGAGACGAGCGAGGAGUCUCUGCGGACGCCCACGUCUCCGUACCCUCCGCCGGUGCAGAGCCAGCUCAGCAUUACCGCCAACCUCAACCUCUCCAACUCCAUGACCUCGCUCGCCACCUCCCAGCAUUCCCCAGGGAUCGACAAAGAGAACGUGGAGCUGUCCCCCACCACGGGCCACGCCAACAGCGGCCGCACGCGGCACGGCUCGGCCAGCCAGGUGCAGAAGCAGAGGAGCGCCGGCAGCUUCAAACGGCCCAGUAUUAAGAAGAUCGUGUGAAGAAGGAAGUCUGUCCCCCGGGGGAGGAGGAGGGGGGAUAUCCCAGCCAACCUCGCCAGUCAUGAUGCUGCACUUUUUCCUUUUUUUUUUUAACCUUUAACCCGUCAAGUCAGCCAGUUUGCCUGACGAUCAACAUUGAAGAACUGCCUGAAUUUGAAAGCCUUUGUUUUUAAUUUUUUUUGUUUUUUGUUUCAAAAAAAGCCAGCCAGUGUUUCUGAAGCAUUACAGAAGACCUUUUUAAUUUUUUUUUUUGUUUUUGUUGUUGUUUUUGAGGAUGUAUUAAUUUACAUAAUAAAAUAUAUAUUAGACUUUUUUUGAGGAAUAUUUUAGCUGGAAGAAAGCACUGAAACUCUCAACACUGCAGCAGUCGUCAGAAAACGGAAGCCAUUUGCUAUAGUUCAAACUUCUUGCUUCGAUUUUUUUUUGCCUUUUUUAUAGUAGUAGUUUAAAAAAAAAAGACUAUUAUUUGCACACUUUUCUUUAAUCCACAGAACGUGGCUUUUUAUCGUGGGUUGAAGGAAUCUGCUAGCCAGGGCCUCUUGCACGUUUCCUUGAGUGGAAUUUUCCUUGUCGUCGAGUUAGGAGUGUGAAAGGCCGGCCAGCCAGCCCGAAGGACUUGUUUAUUUGGGCCGGAAAGUCGGCGAGCUGGGUACUCAUUCGGAUUGUCUUAGAAACCGUGGGGAGGCGAGAAUCGUCAAGCACGGCUCUUUUGACCUCCAGCUGUAAGGAUCCGUCUGCGGCGAGGAGCUCCGUACAGAUGUUCGCGCGCUGCUCGUGGGCUCCGCGCGGGGCGACGGUGUCGUCUGACUGAAGACCCGUAGUCGGUCGAAGGAAAUCCGUCCGCCACCUCCACUGGCCCGGUCUUCUUGCAGAAAUGCACACCGCUUCCCCGCUGUGCCCCCGGGGAGGGAAUCCGCCGCCAGAACAUCAGCACCCGGACCAGGAAACCCAGUGAACCCAGCGGAGUGGAGAUCAGACCGGACCACGGAUCGCCCAGCUCGGGAACUCGAUUUCAUCCGCAGUAGUGAAAUCCAAAACGUAUUUAAGACAAAGUGGGAGGGGGAAAAAGCCCUCUCUCUCCCACACACACACACACAUUUUGGGAUGUUGUUCAAUCCAUUGUGUGCCUUCGUCAGGGUUUUCAGAUGUUUAUAGUUUGUAAAAUAAGCGAAGCCUUGCUUUGGAAAGUAAAAACAGGUACUAAUUUUAGACUGUACAUACGGUAAAGAAAAGCAUUGUAAACAGGAUCAUACGACAAUAUACAAUCAAUCAUCAGUACCCCGCUGCCUGGUAGUGUUUGCCCUGUAUAGCAAAAUAUCCAUUAUAAAGAACUUUUUUAACUUUAAUUCAUAAACAAACUGACUGCGAGACACUAGAAGUACACGCAAACUUGUAAAUAGAAAAGCUCCUUUAUUUUAUUGAUGAAAAAAAUGACAGUUUGAUUUGUUUACAGUCCAGAAGAUGACAGUGGAUACAGUUGUUAUAUGCAAAACAAAUUUGCCAAAACCGUAAUAUAGAAUUUACAAAUAUAUAAGUAAAUACGAUAUAUAGUAUUGAUUAGCUUGCAGGUAUGUUGAUUGACCAUUCUAAUGGCCACAGUAGCUGUAGGAGAGAGCUGUCUGAAAUAGCAGCGGGAGUGUUUCUGAACAUUGUGACGCGCAGUAGAAGAUGCUGUUUAGUUUAGGCACUGUGUGAUGCCAAGAGCUUUCCUGAAGCAUUAAAACAGCGGAGAACUGACUGUCUUACAGUAGAUUAAGCUAUUUCCCUUCUAGGUGUGGUCUGUCGUGUGAAAGUGCAGAACUAAACUAUUUUGGUGGGUACCCUUGGCAUGCAGGUGGCCUUUGUACCAGGGAUAACACCAGGAAAAACUGACAGCUUCCCCCCGCGCCUUCUCCGACUGGCGUUGUCAGCCAAGCGCAUUAAAACGGCAGACUUGGUGCUCCCGUUAGAAUUGAUAGAAAUGCCGCGCGUGCAGUUCCAGAACGGCGCCACCUGGUGGGCAGUCGCGGGCUUUCCCGCUGCCAGAGAGCCACGCUGGCUCCCAAGUGCCUCUGGGAGGGGCCAGGGUCUCGGCUGCCCUUUCCUUUGCGACUCCCUCGCUUCUGCCAGUUGAUUAGACGAUGAGCUUUUGGGGGGGGCCCUCCUCCCUGGCCCCUCCAGCCUCCUCUCUUGGUGUACAGCACGAGAGACGAGAGAGAGGGGCCUCAAGCGGUGACGUACUCUUCGCUGCUAAUCCUAAAAUGAACACCCACUUGCAAAGAGCGUGGAGCUGGAUGCACCCUCUUGAACUACCUUGUGCUUUUUGUGCACACAGUCUAGUCGCAAUCUCGGAUAGCAAAAUGAGGUUUUGAGUGUUUUUGCGCUCUGAAUUAGGACAGACUUGCCCCCAUUGAUGUUUUAAGAGCAGAAUGUGUGCUUUUGUUUUAAAAAUAAAAGCUCCUGAUUGCUAGCCUUGCUUGGUUUGGCUGCCAGGGCCUGUUUCAGUGCAGUUGUAAAUGCUGCGAUCGAUUCAGAGCUGCCAGCACAUCUGAAUGCUCUGUUUUCAGGCAUAUUACAAACCCCAGACCCUUUCUAGUUAUUCUCGGUGCGAUUUAAACAAAAAGCGUGGUGCUACUGACAUGAUACUGACCAAACGCUGCGUUUUGGCUUUUAAUAUUAGCAAAACCGGAGUGCAGCUCUUCGAACGAACAGCCGCCGAAACAGCCUGGCGCGCGUUGUACACUCGAGGGGAGAGGGGCCCAGGUGCUGCCUGAAGUGGCCGUGACUGCAUUUUUUUCAAGAGGACGCCAGUCCUGUGAGGGAGUUUGUUCUGCACCUCUUCACAUGAACCAGCUCCAACCUGCCGUUCUUGUUUUUGUGUGUGUCGUCGAGUGCUGUGUUAUGCAUCCAAACAAUAUAUAAUACACAGUCCUAAUGAAAUUGGUGCACACACGCCUCGUUUCAAAUGGUGACCCGUUGUUCUGUCGAAACCUGUAGGUGCUAAUUCAAGGAAGGAUGGAUGGAUACCAUCGAAAGCGAAAAAGUCAUCUUAAAUGGGUAUAUUUUGUUUACAAAUGUUUAAAUACUUGAAUUGACAGUAACAACCUAUCUGGAAUACAGCCCUUCCUCUCAAAGAGAGCCAAUAAAGGGAAAAAAUAGCUUUGAAAGUAACAUAAAGGUACCAAACCCACUCUGACAAGGUGUUACAGACCUUAAUGUUGUAUUGUUAAAGGAACCAAAGUACAGGAACUGCAAUAUAGUGACAGAAUAAGCUCCUAUAUCACUGACUUUAAGAGAGAAAGUUCAUUUGAGAGUGAGGGACGGAGGCAGCCUGAGUUUUGUAUUAUAUAUAUUUACAGAUAGUGAAUGCUUUUUGAUUAUCUUGAUAUUAUAGUUAACAAAAUACCGACCAAAAUAAUUAAUGCAGUCGCUAGUGGAGGGAGUAUGUAUAUUAAAAUAGGUCUGGACAGUGUAAAGGUGAUUUAACAAAUGUAGCCAAGGUACUUUAAAAGUUUGUUUGCUCCUUGUAGGCCUUUCCAAGGUUUUCCCAAGCUAGAAAUCCGUUCGUUCCUGUGUCAUAAGGCUGAGAAGAAAAGGACCAUCUUUGGUUCUGUAAUUUGGUUGUGGGAGCCACCUUCUCCUGAGAACCCACCCCUUAUUUGCCGUUUGUCUGCCGAUGCCACUUCGACCGGGUGUUUCCGAGAGCGUCGCCCCCAGUCUCUCUAGGUUUUGGACCGCCAGUAACCGAGAUGCUGUACAGGAGAGGCCUGAGACGAAACUGAUUCAGCUGAGGGGAGGAUUCUGGGUGCAUCUCUGCUUUAUUUGUGUUUCGUGCCAGGGUGCAGAAUGCAGUUUUCCCUCCCCAGGCAACUUGCUCUCUCUUGUCACAAGUGUCACCUGGCGCAGCGCGAUGCAGACAUUGCGCAGAAAGAAAUCUCGCGCCUUAGCAGAAGGUGGGAGAAGCUCUGUCUGCACAACUGUAUGGGAAGGGAAAAACGACUAGUUGGAUCAACUCGCUUAUAAGCCUUUAGUCUCCAAUGCGGGGUUAUUUCAGUUUUCAAUAGAUGAUACCGAAUUAGUAAAAAUUGUUUAUUGAAUAGGAACUAACUUAAAAAUAUUUUCACUCAUUUUGGAAUUCCCAUUUUCUCACCCUUUAAUGAGAAAUAUUUUGGGAAUUCCUCCUCAAAUGAAUGCUCUGCACCUGUGUGACAAUGGUACGCAACUGUAGGGGGAAUAGCGAUGGACUGGGAACUGGAUACUGAAAAGGUUAGCAAGCACAGACGUGACGUUUGUUAGCUGGGAACUCCAGAAUAUGGCAGACUGAGUGGCGGCUGUUGGUUUGCAUUGCAGAGAUAAAGGUCCUGCCUCUGACUGGAUAGCGAAACAAAGCUCAUCCGGAACCGAGACCUUUUAAAAAAUACAACCACCAUUUUCUGAGGGCACCUAAUGAUUUUCAAAAAGAUUUUAAAAGCUGAGAGUGCACAUAGAGCAGAUGACCUGGUUUGUGUGAAGGCUGUUUUGUAGUGUGUAGAAUUGCACUAUUCCUAACUGCAGUCAGACAUGUCGUUUGCAAGGAGUAAUGACCUAAAAUUAGGCACCUCUUCCAUGAGGUUAUGCAAAACACAUUUUCGCCACAAGGAGUCACUGUUGAGCGUUAGCCACACUAUUUUUUUUAAUGCAGUACGUUUCACCUCUGUAAAUAUUUUGUGUAAAAUUUGACAAAGGUAUAUUUACUACACUGUAAAUACAUGUGACGAUAUAUUGUAUUAUUUUGCUUUUUUGUAAAGCAGUUAGUUGCUGUACAUGUAUAACAUACAAAUUUAAUUAUUCUAGUGUUAGUAAUGAUACUCUCCACUUUCAUUGCAUUAUGCCAUUAAAAUAAACAUACUGAGAAAAAAAUAGAGAUGACUACAAAUUGCUGUGUAUUAUAAACUCGCACUGUGUAAGGUAAACUUUACUGUUCCCUUUGGACUUCGCCAUGAGCAAUGUUACCUUAAUGAAUAGCCUCAUUCCUUUUACUUCUGUGUGGCAAAGACAUGCCAGAGGAACUCAUCAGAUGCUACAGAAACUGCUGUCAGAUUUGGAUAUGUUACUCGUAGCUACCAUUGUAGAAAUCAUUGUUCAAAGUUUUUGCUCGUCCCACCUCUCUCCCUUUCCAUUUCCAUCCCUGUAUGUAUGACUUUUUUUGGAAGUAAAAAUGUAAAUUCAACCUGUUAA